GGACAAAUACGUCACGUUGCUUCUUACACCGGAUCACAAAGCUGCAAAAGGGUGCUGGUAGCAAGCAAAGCAAGAGGAGCAGAGAUCUGCACUACAUAGACUCAGAGAGUGUAAAUCUCAUCCUAAGCACAGCAGCUACAGAGGACCAUGGCAUUUGCAGGGCUACUAAGCGACGAGGACAUCACGGCUGCGGUCCAGGCUUGUCAAGCUCCAGGCACCUUCGACUUCAAGUCGUUCUUUGCUCAAGUGGGACUAACCAGCUCAUCCGAGGCGGAUAGGAGUAAAGUGUUUAUGGUCCUGGACCAAGACAAGAGUGGAUACAUCGAGGAGGAGGAGCUCAAGCUGUUCCUUCAGAAUUUCUCUCCCGGGGCGAGAGAGCUGUCUGCGGCUGAGACCAAGGCUCUGAUGGCUGCCGGAGAUAAGGACGGCGAUGGCAAAAUUGGGAUGGAAGAGUUCUGUGAUAUCCUAAAAUAAAGAAGACGGACGUCUUUGACCACCGCCGUUUUCCCCUUCUUUUAAGUUAACGGAUUACGUAUUGGAAAUCCUGAUUUUCCAGAUUGAUUGAUGCCAAGGCCAGAAACCUUGGAUACCCCCCACCUGCCUGCUGCUCUCCCUGUGGAUGUGAUACAUUAAAUAUGCUUGGUGGAAGCUGGAUGUUAUAGUGUUUGUGUUCAAUCAAUCAGGUACCCGGAAUGGGCUAUUAAAUGUUUUUCAGAUGUGA